AUUUUUUUUAAUUUUAUUUUAGAUGAAAAAUGUUAAAUAAAUUAUGGCAAGGAACAGGUUGGUUAGAGGAUUGUCUUUACUAGUGGUUAUUUUCAUCUUAAUUUUGGCUUUUUAUCUGGUUUUCAUAUUAAAUGAUUACAGUCCUAUAUCUAUUGAUGAAAAAGAGACCAAUUUUUACUUAUUAAAUGAGAACAAAUUAGCACUUGAUGUUCAAAUGUUAGUAAAUUCAAUAAAAACUGGAAAGUCAACUCUUGUUCCAAAAAUAAAGUUAAUUACAACUAAAGCUGCUACAUCUCGAAUAGUAAAAAACUCAAAGGAAAACAAUACUGAAAAUAUUUCCAAUCAAUAUUUAACAUUGAAUUCUUUAGUAAAUAAAAAGAAAUCAGUUUCUAUACCUGGUAUUUUAAAUGUUCACAUAUGGGAAGGUUGGUGUGGCAGUCGAAUUGAAGAUUUAAAACGGAAUAUGCACUUUCCAUUAUUUCCUAGUGUUUUUACAAACAUUAGUCGUUUUUUUGCCCAAUGGCACGAAACUGGUUAUGGUGAAAGAAUAUUUGGUUACCUACAUCCUCCACUUACUGGUAAUUAUACCUUUGCUGUAUCAUGUGAUGAUAACUGUGAGGUUUGGCUCAGCAAUUCUACUGAUAUAUUUUCUACACAAAAAAUAGUCUAUGUUGGUACUAAAGAAGAACCAGCAAAUACUGAUGUUGGAGAUUUUAAGCGCUUUUCUACGCAAAUAUCACAAGAAAUAUUUUUGGAAGCUGGAAAGAAAUACUUUAUUGAAGCAUUACACAAACAAGCAGCAUUUAAGGAUCACUUUUUACUUGCAUGGCUUGCUCCUGGCUGGAUUCGUGUCAAAACUAUUACCUCAGCUGAUAUUUCAAGUUAUAUGUCUUUAGAGAAUAUAACCGAUAUCAAUGAUAUUGCAGACUACAUUCCUGAAACUAUGGUAAGUCAUCAUUUUUCAAUGAAUAAUUCAAUGGAGAGUAUUUAUACCCUCAACAAAUCAGUUCACAAAUUUGGCAGAGCAGAUGACAGGGACAAAUUUCAUUUAGUUCCUUUGGUAAAUCUAACUGACUUUGAAGGUUUAUUACCACAAAUUGAUUAUCAACCGAGCUAUUUAGUUGAUUUUGUACCUGAGCGUUACGAAGGAGUUCAUUUAGUGCAUGAAACUGCUGUAUAUCCAAAUGAUAACACUGAGCUGACUCAUAUGGUUCCUUACCAUGAUUGCUUUUAUCACCAUACAAAUUCAUACAUGUCAAGAUUAAAUACUAAAAAGUUCGAGCAUAAGUUUGUUCCAAUUUUUUCAAAAGUAAUUCAGUCUGUAAAUAAUCUUUCAAAUUCUUUACACCCGUUUCCCAAGAAGUUAUUUAAUAAAGUUGAAAAUAUAAAUACUACAAAGAAACAGGAUAUUAUAAAUGAGUUAAAUACAGUCACAAAAAAUGUAUUUGGUCGCAAACUUUUACACAUUUUUACUACAAUUUCAACUCUAAAAAAUACAUCUGUUGAUUCAAAUUUACAUGUUUCAAAAGAUAUUCUGCCAACUAAACCAGUUGUUAUCGAAUCAAAUAAAAAUAAAUCAGAGAUAUGGAAUGGAACAUGGAGCAGAAUGGAACAAUACAAUUUUUCUAAAUCAUUUGAAUCUUCUAAAUUUAGCUAUUUAAAGCCAGUUACAAGGAGUCCACUAAAUUAUAGACAUCCCAGGUUUGAUGAUAGAAUUCAUAAGAAAAUUGACCAAAAAGUGUUCUUUAAAAAUGGCAGAAGCGAUAAUUUUUCUUUUGUAAGUACUCUUGAAAUGAUCAGAAUGUAUGAUAUUUUUGGACCAGCAGUGCAUUAUUUAAGAAGAAUAGUGGAACGAGGGUUAAAGUAUAUUUACAGCUCAGUACAUUCUACAUGUAAAAGUGAUGGAAAUUUGGUUUUGUCAACUGAGAUUGCAUUAUCAAUUGUUAAUCGCUACAUGAAAAUAGUGAAGAAUAAAUAUAACAAGAAAUAUUCUCUUAAAAAAGUUAUUAAUAUAGAAGAGAAUCAUGAUGUUGUAAAAGGCAAUCGCUACCUGGUGGAACUUGACUUAUAUGUUGAUGGAAAAGAGAAUUCGUUUCGUUUUUCUCGAUAUGUGUAUCAAGACAUUUCUGGUGGGCUUUAUGAACCUCACAAUUUUCAAUGGAAUGUCGAUGCUUCAAUACAUGUGAUUGUUCCAGUUAAAGAUCAGGGAAGAUGGCUAUUACAUUUUAUAAGAAAUAUGGAAAACAUUUAUUUGGAAACCAAUGAUAGUCGUAUCAAUGUUAUAAUUGUUGAUUUUAACAGUACAGAUAUGGAUAUUGAAAAAUGUCUUCAUUUAAGUCAAAUUCCAAGGUAUCAAGUUGUUAAACUAAAUGGACCAUUUCAACGUGCUCUAGGUAUUCAAGCUGGUGCAAAUCUAGUGAAACAAGUAGAUGAUAUUAUCUUUACAUGUGAUUUGCAUCUUGAUAUACCUUCUCAUUUAUUUGAUAGCAUUCGUAAGCAUACCAUUAAAGGAAAAAUGGCAUUUGCUCCUAUGGUUCACAGGUUAAGUUGUGGAUACACACCUGAUCUUCCAUAUGGAUUAUGGGAAAAUGAAGGAUACGGUUUGUUUUCCAUCACAAAGAAUGACUUCGAUCGAGUCGGUGGAAUGAAUACAAGAGAGUUCAAAACUAAAUGGGGUGGUGAAGACUGGGAAUUACUUGACAGAGUAUUGGCGCAUGGUUUAGAAGUAGAGAGAUUCCGCAUUUCUAAAUUUUAUCAUUAUCAUCAUUCUAAAAAACGGAUGUGGACUGCCCAUAAAACAUCCAAUGUACCUUUAUUUCCUGUUAUUCGUAGUAUUUUGUAAUAUA